UCCCGUGGAAUUGUGGGAUAGCAAUGGCGACUUCUGUCUUUGUAAACAUAAAACGCAUUAUUUACAAAAGAUAAUAGCUAUUUCAUAAUGGUUUGAAUCAUCUCAAGUGGGUGGCACAGUUUCAUACUUACAUGAGUGGUAUUUUCCCAGUAACUCGGGUUAAUGUAAUUGAAGUUCGUUUUUUGAGUUACAAUAAAUACAUGUGGCAGGUUUAGCUAACGUUAGCUCGCUUAAAACAUACUAGCUAGCGUGUCAGGAUCUUGAUAGACUCACCACCUAUUUAUUGUUAAGACAGUUGUUUGAGACCAUGGAGGAUGAUGCGUCGCUGCACCGACUGGAGGGCAGUGACCCCACCGCGCAGGUCUGCGGGUUGAUCGUGAAGAAGAAGAGUGCAGCAGUAGAGCCUCAUGUCUUUCGUGCACCCACUCCACGCACCUCUCUCCUGGGCCUGGAUCUGCUGGCAGCUCAAAAGAGAAAGGAGCGAGAGGGUAAGGAGCAGGCUGAGGCUGACAGCGAUGACAGGAAUAACAAGAAAUCCAAGGUGUCCUCCUACAAGGACUGGGAGGAAGGGAAAAGUGAUUCUGGGUCUGAUGAAGAAGACAAAGACGAGGAGGACCAAGGUGGUAGAAAAGAGAGCAGCAGGAAAUACCGUGUGACUGGCUCAGAGACACCCUCUAACCCUGGAGGGGUCAGCGAAGAGUUCCGUCGCAAACACCAGCAGAGGGAGAAAGACCGGCGUGAGCAUGGAAUGUAUGCCUCCUCCAAAGAGGACAAGAACAGAGAGAGGGAGAAGGACAGAGAGAGGAUCAGAGAUACGGACAGAGAUCGAAGGGGUGAAAGAGAUGAGCGAGAGCGCAGUAACAGCCGCGGCAGCAGCCGGUCAGAGCGUGGAGACCGCAGUGAGAGGAGUGAGCGCUCACAGAGAGAAGGCUGGUCCUCCGAACGCAUCAGCCGGGGUAGCAAGAGAGAGGAGCCUCCAACGCCCCAGACACGCCCCAAAGAUGGCACUCCCUCGCGCACCAGCUGGGAUGAGGAUGACGGUGGCUAUGCCAGCUCACGCCGUUCCCACUGGGAAUCUCCCUCUCCUGCCCCUUCACACAAGGAUUCUGACAAGUCUGAACGGUCGGAGCGCAGCCCCCGCUCUGGACGGGAGAGCGAGAGGAAGGACAAGUCAGUCAGAGGCCGGUAUCCUGAUGACACGCCCCUUCCCACCCCAUCAUACAAGUACAACGAAUGGGCCAAUGACAGGAAGCACUUGGGCUCCACUCCUCGCCUGUCCCGUGGGAAAGGUAAGAAUGAAGGAGAGGAUGGCAUCGCCUUUGAUAAUGAUGAUGAGAAGCAGCAGUGGGAAGAGGACCAGAAGCAAGCGGACAGAGACUGGUACAUGAUGGACGAAGGCUAUGAUGAGUUCCACAACCCACUGACCUCCACCUCUGAGGAUUAUGUGAAGAAGAGAGAGCAGAUCCUGCAGAAGCAGACACAGAAACGUAUCUCUGCCCAGAGACGACAGAUCAAUGAGGAUAAUGAGCGCUGGGAGACUAACCGUAUGCUGACCAGUGGAGUGGUCCAGAGGCUGGAGGUGGAUGAUGACUUUGAGGAGGACAACGCUGCCAAGGUUCACCUGCUGGUUCACAACCUGGUCCCUCCCUUCCUGGAUGGGAGGAUAGUCUUCACCAAGCAGCCAGAGCCUGUCAUCCCUGUGAAAGACGCCACCUCUGACAUGGCUAUCAUCUCCCGUAAGGGCAGCCAGCUGGUCCGCAAGCACCGCGAGCAGAAGGAACGCAAGAAGGCUCAACAGAAACACUGGGAGCUGGCAGGCACCAAGCUGGGUGACAUUAUGGGCAUCAAGAAGACCGAGGACGGGGAUAGCUCUGGGGGCAAGCCAGUGGGCGAGGAUGGCAAGGUGGACUACAGAACGGAUCAGAAGUUUGCAGACCACAUGAAAGAUAAGAGUGAGGCCAGCAGUGAGUUUGCUAAGAAGAAGACCCUGCUGGAGCAGAGGCAGUAUCUGCCCAUCUUCGCUGUGAGGCAGCAGCUGCUCAAUAUCAUCAGGGACAACAGCAUUGUGAUCGUGGUGGGGGAGACGGGCAGUGGGAAGACCACCCAGCUGACCCAGUACCUUCACGAGGACGGCUACACCAGUUACGGCAUGGUGGGCUGCACCCAGCCCCGCAGAGUGGCAGCCAUGAGCGUGGCCAAGAGAGUCAGCGAGGAGCUGGGCAGCAACCUGGGAGAGGAGGUGGGUUAUGCGAUCCGUUUUGAGGACUGUACGUCGGAGAAGACUGUGAUAAAGUACAUGACAGACGGCAUCCUGCUGAGAGAGUCUCUCAGGGAGUCAGAUCUGGACCACUACAGUGCUGUCAUCAUGGACGAGGCCCACGAACGCUCCCUCAACACAGACGUGCUGUUCGGCCUGCUACGAGAGGUUGUAUCGAGGCGUUCUGACCUCAAGCUGAUAGUCACCUCAGCCACCAUGGACUCUGACAAAUUUGCUGCAUUUUUCGGCAACGUUCCCAUAUUCCACAUUCCAGGAAGAACAUUCCCUGUAGACAUCUUAUUCAGCAAGACUCCCCAGGAAGACUAUGUGGAGGCAGCAGUGAAGCAGGCCCUACAGAUCCACCUUAGUGGUAUGGGGGGAGACAUCCUCAUCUUCAUGCCUGGCCAGGAGGACAUCGAGGUGACGUCAGACCAGAUUGUGGAGCGUCUAGAGGAUCUGGAGAGCGCCCCUCCUCUGACUGUACUGCCCAUCUACUCCCAGCUGCCCUCUGACCUCCAGGCCAAGAUCUUCCAGAAGGCUCCAGAUGGUGUGAGGAAGUGCAUCGUUGCCACCAACAUUGCAGAGACUUCCCUGACUGUGGAUGGUAUCAUGUUUGUUGUGGAUGCUGGAUACUGCAAACUCAAGGUGUUCAACCCUCGCAUUGGCAUGGAUGCCCUGCAGGUGUACCCCAUCAGCCAGGCUAACGCCAAUCAGCGUGCGGGCAGAGCAGGACGUACAGGGCCGGGCCAGUGUUACAGGCUCUACACCCAGAGCGCCUUCAAGAAUGAGAUGUUGACCACCACCAUCCCAGAGAUUCAGCGGACCAACCUGGCCAACGUGGUGCUGCUGCUCAAAUCCCUGGGGGUCCAGGACCUGCUGCUCUUCCACUUCAUGGACCCCCCGCCUGAGGACAACAUGCUGAACUCCAUGUACCAGCUGUGGAUCCUGGGGGCCCUGGACAACACAGGUUCCCUGACGCCCACUGGGAGGCUGAUGGUGGAGUUCCCUCUGGACCCGGCUCUGUCCAAGAUGCUGAUCGUAUCAUGUGACAUGGGCUGCAGUGCUGACAUCCUCAUCAUUGUCUCCAUGCUGUCUGUACCGGCCAUCUUCUACAGGCCAAAGGGUCGUGAGGAGGAGAGUGACCAGGUGAGGGAGAAGUUCUCUGUCCCAGAGAGUGACCACCUGACCUACCUGAACGUCUACCUGCAGUGGAAGAACAACAACUACUCCAGCAUCUGGUGCAAUGAACACUUCAUCCACACCAAGGCCAUGCGAAAGGUGCGUGAGGUGCGCUCCCAGCUCAAAGACAUCAUGGUGCAGCAGAGGAUGAACCUGGUGUCCUGUGGCUCAGACUGGGACAUCAUCAGGAAGUGUAUCUGUGCUGCCUACUUCCACCAGGCAGCCAAGCUGAAGGGCAUAGGGGAGUAUGUGAACGUGAGGACAGGCAUGCCCUGCCACCUCCACCCCACCAGCUCUCUGUUUGGUAUGGGCUACACCCCAGACUACAUCACCUACCACGAGCUGGUCAUGACCACCAAGGAGUACAUGCAGUGUGUGACUGCGGUGGAUGGGGAGUGGCUGGCUGAGCUGGGGCCUAUGUUCUACAGUGUCAAACAGGCAGGGAAGAGCAGGAUGGAGAACCGGCGGCGGGCCAAGGAGGAGAUCACUAACAUGGAGGAGGAGAUGUCUCUGGCGGAGCAGCAACUGAGGAGCAGGAGAGAGGAUCAGGACAGGAAGAGUAACGUGGGCAGCGUCAGGGCUGUGAAAAUCUGCACCCCAGGAAGGAAGGAGGAGGCACCCAUGACCCCAAAGCGCACCCCAGCUCGUUUUGGGCUCUAGUACUUCUCUGUUAAAAGUUAAACACUUGAACUCCCCACUAAAUAUCACCUGUAUGUGUACCAUACCAUCACUGGAGGAGCCUUGCUGAGAGGCCUUGGAACACUGUCCCCUCCUAUUGUCUGGAACCAGCCGCAGUUCAGACAGAGGCCAGCAGAGGUAGAACUUGUAUAAGGCAUGAGGCUCCCGUAAAAGACCUUUUCUGUCAGCAAAUCCACAUAGCGUCGUUCCAUUUUUAUGUGCAGAGAUGUACGGCUGUUAGAAUGCAGUAUUUUCUAUUUCUGUGAUUGUAAAAAAAUAUAAACACAAUGAUGAAACAUCAUUGAAAAGGUAUCGUCUUUAAGGAGUAUUUGAUAUACCUUGAAAAUCUGUCAAAGCCUUUAUCAUAAUCGUUCACUAGCUACAGUGUCCAAGUGGGAAAUGUUUAGUUGUUCCAUCUCCUGCUGUACCCUACAAGGGGCUGUUUUCUUGAUGUAGUCUCUCCCGAUCAAUAUAAACUGUGUUCAAUAGGGCUGGGAAUUGCCAGGGAUCUCACGAUACGAUAUUAGCAUGGUACUUUGGUGCCAAUACCAUGUGUAUUGCAAUUCGAUACUGUGAUUGAGUUGAUGUUCCAAACAUAUUGCUCACCAUAUAUCUUCUGCAGAGGGACGAGAGAUCCAUGAGAAACGGGUUUUGAUCAGUCAUGGAGAUAAAAGUUCUGAAUAUAAAAGAAGAUGGAGAACAAGAUAUGAAGGAAAAAUACUGGCGUUUGUGCAGGUACAGCCAACUAGUGCGAUAUUGUCAAAACAAUAUAUCCUGAUCUGUAACUGUAUAGACCCCCCAUUACUAGUGUUUAAGUAGUGCUGCAUUGUGCUGUCAGUCAUAAGUGGACAGCUGGUCCAAACUAGUCUGAUCCGAUAGUGUGUUCAUUGGGCUGUAUGUCAUUCAGUGUGAGUAGAGAGGAGGCAGAAGUAGUACUGUGUCGUGUGUUCAUGAAUUCUGCCCGAUUUUCUUUAGUUAUUUUUCAAUUUCAUCAUGUCCCUCUCAAAUCUCCUUCAAUAGAUAAUUUUCACAUUGUACAACUGGCUGACCUCUGUAUCCUUUGUAUGUUGUGUGUAGCAAAUGGCCUGUGCCAUGGUGAAGUGCCCCUUCACUGACUGAAGCAUUAUCCAAACUGUGCUUGUGGCAUGAGUGUCUCAGACCUUAUAUCUGGAGCUACCUUAACAACACCCUUCAUGCCAACUGUUUGGAGGACAAGCUUUAGCAACUGAGCUUUUCCUAACCCCAUUAGCCCUUCAAAGCACUGACGGGCGGCAGGUAGUCAUGUGGUUAGAGCGUUGGGGCAGUAACCGAAAGGUUGCUAGAUCGAAUCCCGGAGCUGACAAGGUAAAAAUCUGUUGUUCUGCCCCUGAACAAGGCAGUUAACCCACUGUUCCCCGGUAGGCAGUUUUUUUGGAAAUAAGAAUGUUCUUAACUGACUUGCCUAGUUCACUUAAAAAAAUAAAUUAAAAAAAGUAGAAUAUUCCUCAGCUUCUCACCGUUUACACAUGAAUGUCAGAACCUGGAUGAAACGCAUGACGGCCUCAGCCUCAUGAUCCUUGUGUUAAAAAUGCCCACCAAUUUUUAUCUUGAGAUUCCCCUCUCCAAGUCAAGUGGGUGAAUGAUAAUAUUUUGAUUUGUUUAACACCUGUUUGGUUACUACAUCAUUCCAUAUGUACUACUCCACAGCCUUGAUGUCCCCACCAUUACGCCACAAUGCAGAAACAGUAAAAAUAAAGAAAAACCCUGCUAAAUAGCAGGGGCCAAGGUUGGAGUUUGUGUGUGCGCACGUUUGGGUUUUUGCCCUAGCCCUACACAGCUGAUUCAAAACUUAAUGAUUAGUUGGUUAUUUGAAUCAGCUGUGUAGUGCUAGGGCAAAAACCCAAAUGUGCACCUGGGGGCCCCCAGGACCCCAGACUGAUAUGUCCUGCACUUGAGUAGUCAGGUUCAGCAAGUUCCAAGCGGUGGACUUGAUUCUGAAGUCAUUCAUUCUCUGUACUAGAUUGACUUUGUAUAGUUUUGUACAGACUAUAUUGUCUUGUUGGUGGUCAGUGAUUCUGUUUUGUGAUGUGAAAUUAGGCUCUGGUAACACCAGCCCAUGGUUUGCAAAUAUAAUUUAACUUGACUACUUUUGGGAACUGAAAAUUAAAUUGUCUUAUUUUUUA